CGAGAGGCCCGGCCCGGCCGCCCGAGCGGGCCGCGCGUGGGCCGCCGGGCCCGAGGCCGGAGCCAUGGGCGAGACCAAGAUCAUCUACCACCUGGACGGGCAGGAGACGCCGUACCUGGUGAAGCUGCCCCUGCCCGCCGAGCGGGUCACCCUGGCGGACUUUAAGGGCGUGCUGCAACGACCCAGCUACAAGUUCUUCUUCAAGUCUAUGGACGACGACUUCGGAGUGGUGAAGGAGGAGAUCUCUGACGACAAUGCCAAGCUACCCUGCUUCAAUGGCCGCGUGGUGUCCUGGCUGGUGUCAGCUGAAGGCUCGCAUCCGGAGCCUGCCCCCUUCUGUGCUGACAACCCCUCAGAAUUGCCACCACCUAUGGAGCGCACAGGAGGCAUCGGGGACUCACGACCCCCGUCCUUCCACCCUCAUGCCAGUGGGGGCAGCCAGGAGAACCUGGACAAUGACACAGAGACGGACUCCUUGGUGUCUGCCCAGCGGGAACGGCCACGUCGGAGGGACGGCCCAGAGCAUGCAACCCGGUUAAAUGGAACAGCAAAGGGGGAGCGGCGGCGAGAGCCGGGCGGUUAUGACAGCUCAUCCACGCUCAUGAGCAGCGAACUGGAGACUACCAGCUUCUUCGACUCCGACGAGGAUGAUUCCACCAGCAGGUUCAGCAGCUCCACAGAGCAGAGCAGUGCCUCCCGCUUGAUGAGAAGACACAAGCGGCGGCGGCGGAAGCAGAAGAUCUCGAGGAUUGAGCGGUCCUCAUCCUUCAGCAGCAUCACAGACUCCACCAUGUCUCUCAACAUCAUCACUGUCACUCUCAACAUGGAAAAGUAUAACUUCCUGGGCAUCUCCAUUGUGGGCCAAAGCAAUGAGCGUGGUGACGGCGGGAUCUACAUUGGCUCUAUCAUGAAGGGUGGGGCCGUGGCUGCCGAUGGACGCAUCGAGCCCGGGGACAUGCUCUUACAGGUAAACGAGAUCAACUUUGAGAACAUGAGUAAUGAUGACGCUGUCCGGGUACUGCGGGAGAUUGUGCACAAGCCGGGGCCCAUCACCCUGACCGUAGCCAAGUGCUGGGACCCAAGUCCACGUGGUUGCUUCACAUUACCUAGGAGCGAGCCCAUCCGGCCCAUCGACCCUGCGGCCUGGGUCUCCCACACUGCAGCCAUGACGGGCACCUUCCCUGCCUACGGCAUGAGCCCCUCCCUGAGCACCAUCACCUCCACCAGCUCCUCUAUCACCAGCUCUAUCCCCGACACAGAGCGCCUAGACGACUUCCACCUAUCCAUUCACAGUGACAUGGCCGCCAUCGUAAAAGCCAUGGCCUCCCCUGAAUCAGGGUUGGAGGUCCGAGACCGCAUGUGGCUCAAGAUCACCAUUCCCAAUGCUUUCAUCGGCUCAGAUGUGGUGGAUUGGCUGUACCACAACGUGGAAGGCUUCACUGACCGGCGGGAGGCCCGCAAGUAUGCCAGCAACCUGCUAAAAGCCGGCUUCAUCCGCCACACUGUCAACAAGAUCACCUUCUCUGAGCAGUGCUACUACAUCUUUGGAGACCUCUGUGGCAACAUGGCCAACCUGUCCCUCCACGACCACGACGGCUCCAGUGGUGCUUCCGACCAGGACACGCUGGCCCCUCUGCCUCACCCGGGGGCCGCGCCUUGGCCUAUGGCUUUCCCAUACCAAUACCCACCACCCCCGCACCCCUACAACCCGCACCCCGGCUUCCCGGAGCUGGGCUACAGCUAUGGCGGGGGCAGCGCCAGCAGCCAGCACAGCGAAGGCAGUCGAAGUAGCGGCUCCAACCGCAGUGGCAGCGAUCGGCGCAAGGAGAAGGACCCGAAGGCCGGGGACUCGAAGUCGGGCGGCAGCGGCAGCGAAUCGGACCACACGACGCGCAGCAGUCUGCGGGGGCCACGGGAGCGCGCACCCAGCGAGCGCUCGGGCCCGGCCGCCAGCGAGCACAGCCACCGCAGCCACCACUCGCUGGCCAGCAGCCUGCGCAGCCACCACACGCACCCCAGCUACGGCCCCCCCGGAGUGCCCCCGCUGUACGGCCCCCCGGUGCUGAUGAUGCCCCCGCCGCCCGCAGCCAUGGGGCCCCCGGGAGCCCCUCCAGGCCGCGACCUGGCCUCCGUGCCCCCCGAACUGACCGCCAGCAGACAGUCCUUCCGCAUGGCCAUGGGAAACCCCACCAAGAAUUUCGGGCUGUUUGACUUUCUGUGAGCACCCCCGCAAUGGGAGGCUCAGCCUCCGAGGAGACCAAGAACCCUGCUUCAGCAGCCCUUGGGGGCUUCCCAAGGAUGCCAGCCCCACUGCCACAUUUCCAGGUCACUAGGCUUCUGGGGAGGGCUCCAGCUUCACCCAUGCACGGAGGACCUUGUUUCUUUGCAGAGAAAAUCAAUCACACACACACACACACACACACACACACACACACACACGUGCCUAUGCAAGUUCACUUAAGCUUCAGGGCUGGUCCCUGCACAGAGGGCUGGACCCUCUCCAGACAGUGGGGCUGGUCCCCUGACUUCCCUGUCCCUUUCCUCAGAGCCCUCAAGCCUCCCGCAUGUGUCCCCAAAUUCUUCCCACCUGGAAAAAGCCCAUAUGCUAGGUCUCAGGAUGGGCUCAGCAGAGAACUCUGCAGGUGACUGACAGGUCAUUCUCACACACACACACCCCAUCUUUCCCUUUUUUCACACUUACCAUGACACCCAGAACAACGACAGGAACCCGCAGGCCAGUUGAAGUUAGGCAAAAGGACUUCUGGGACUUCCAGAGUUCUACUUUGUUUGUCUUUGUUUUUGUUUUUUCAACUUCAUUCUCCACUUUAAACAAAUCAUGAUGUUCUCUUUAAGCCUCCACUCUAAAUUCUCCUGAUUCACCCAGACUCCCAUAUUUGCAGGCUUAGGAUACUGAGAGAGAUGAAGUCCUUAGCCCAGGUUUUGGGGCAAACUGAAGUAGGGACAUUUCAGCAUUCAUUCAUUUAACAAGUAUUUCCUGACGUUUUAGUGACUAAGGGCCUGUGUUGAAAGUAUGACUCAGUCCUGCCUAUCUGGGUUUCCUCCCAAACCCAGGCCAUGGCUUCUAGCCACCACUACAGGGCCACCUCCUUCCUGUACUUUUCUCUCUGAUUCUGCCUUGUCCAACUCUUGAGAAUACCUCUACUACAUUCCUGCCUUCGGGGUUGGUAUUUCCGUUGUUCCAUCUUUGGUCCACUUCCCUUUCCUCUCUACUCCCAAAACAUUGUCACCUAUCCUGAUGUCCUCAGUUGCUGCUGAUGUGCUGGUGAUUCCCAUCUCUAGCUCCAACCUCACCAUCCUCAAACUUUCGAUCUGUAUUUGUAUUACCCACUGGACAUCUCCAUAGACAUGUCCAUAUGGACUCAACUCAUGUCCUGACUGGUGUUCCUCCUGAAUCCCUGUCCUGGUGACCUUCAUCACAGAUCUACAUAGGCUCACCAGCUAGAAACAUUUAGGGGCUUAAAUUCUUUCUUUCUGUAUCUUAUUAGCAUAUUUCAUCCUUUCCACUCCCACAACCUUUCUGGAAUUUGGCCCUUCCUUUCCCCUUUGUCUCUAAUUUACCAGAGCAUGAAAUUUGGAGUCAGGUUGGUCUGGGUUUGAAUUCCAGCUCUACUACUUUUUGUUUUUGUGAUAGGAGAGUUAUUUAACCUCUUUGAGCCUCAGUCCUCUUGUAUGUAAGAUGAUAAUGAUACCUACCUCACAGGGUUGUUGUGAGGAUUUAAAUUACAUAUUGUACGAAAAAUGCCUAGCACAGUGCUUGGCACACAGUAGAGUAGGUGCUCAAUAAAUAUUAGCCAUUAUUAUUAUUUA